AUGACAGUUCUAAACUUGUUGGAGAAGAUCUGUAAAGAAUCUCAGGUUCUUAUUGAUAUCUUUGUGAACUAUGAUUGCGAUGUAGAUGCGCCAAAUAUUUUUGAAAGGGUUGUCAAUGGACUUCUAAAAACUGCUUUAGGUGUUCCUCCAGGAUCUACAACAACAUUAACUACAGCCCAAGACCAAACAUUUCGGAUUGAGUCAGUGAAGUGCCUUGCAACCAUAAUCAAGUCAAUGGGUUCAUGGAUGGACCAACAGCUGAGAAUUGGUGAUUUUUCACCAAAAAUUUCUGAAGCUUCUUUAAGCUCUUUAAGUUCAAUAGACAUUCCUAACAUCCUUAUUGGAGAAGAUGGUAGUGGAGCUGAUUAUGAACUGCAAUCUGACUCUGGUAGCCCAGAUGUAUCUGGUGCACCCUCCCUUGAGCAACGUCGUGCUUUUAAAAUAGAACUUCAGAAAGGAAUAUCCUUGUUUAACCGAAAACCUUCCAAGGGAAUUAAUUUUCUCGUUAAAAGCAAGAAGAUAGGGCAUACGCCAGAAGAUGUUGCUUGUUUCUUGAGAAAUACUGCUGGUUUAAAUGCAACAAUGAUCGGAGACUAUUUGGGUGAAAGAGAUGAAUUCCCUAUCAAAGUUAUGCAUGCAUAUGUGGAUGCACUGAACUUCGAAGGUAUGGACUUCGGUGAAGCUAUUAGGUAUUAUUUGCGAGGCUUCAGGCUGCCUGGCGAAGCACAGAAAAUUGAUCGGAUCAUGGAAAAGUUUGCUGAACGAUACUGCAAAUGCAAUCCAAACUCCUUUACCAGUGCAGAUACUGCAUAUGUUCUUGCUUAUUCUGUAAUCAUGCUCAACACUGAUGCUCACAAUACUAUGGUCAAGGAUAAGAUGUCGAAAUCUGACUUCAUUCGCAAUAACCGAGGAAUAGAUGAUGGGAAGGACUUGCCAGAAGCUUAUAUGGGUACACUAUAUGACCAAAUUGUCAAAAAUGAGAUCAAAAUGAGUGCUGAUUCAUCAGUUCCACAAAACAAGCAACCUAGUAGCGUGAUGAAGCUAUUAGGUUUGGACAAUAUUAUCAGCUUUGUUAACUGGAAACAGGCUGAUGACAGGGUAGUUGGAGCAAAUGACCUGCUCAUUAAAAACAUACAAGAGAAAUUUAAACUAAAGAGUGGAAAGUCAGAGUCUGUGUUUUCUAUUAUCACUGAUACAACAAUUUUAAGGUUCAUGAUGGAGGUUUGUUGGGCCCCUAUGAUGGCUGCAUUCAGUGUGACACUUGAUCAGAGUGACGAUAAGGCCGCCACAUCACAGUGUUUGCAGGGAUUCAGGUCUGCUGUGCAUGUUACCUCUGUUAUGUGCAUGCAGACACAGAGAGAUGCCUUUGUGACAUCUGUAGCAAAAUUCACAUAUCUGCAUUGUGCUGCUGACAUGAAACAAAAGAAUGUGGAUGCUGUGAAGGCUAUAAUAUCCAUUGCAAUCGAAGAUGGUGAUUAUUUGCAGGAAGCUUGGGAGCAUGUACUAACAUGCCUUUCACGGUUUGAGCAUUUACAUCUUCUUGGAGAGGGGACACCUACUGAUGCUUCAUUUCUCACAGUACCACUGGUUAACUCAGAAGAUAAAACACAGAAGUCUACCUCUAUGUCAUCAAAGAGAACUAAUGCACUUCAGAAUCCAGCUGUAGUGGCUGCUGUUAGAGGAGGUUCUUAUGACAGCACAACAGCAAAAAAUAAAGCGUCACCGUUGGUUACUCCUGAACAGAUUAAUAACUUUAUAUCAAACAUAAACCUGCUAGACCAGAUUGGCAUUUUCGAGUUAAAUCACAUAUUUGCUCAUAGCCCAAGAUUAAAUAGUGAUGCUAUUGUUGCUUUUGUGAAUGCUCUUUGCAAAGUUUCAAUGACAGAGUUGCAGUCUCCUACAGAUCCUCGUAUCUUCUGCCUAACAAAGAUUGUUGAGAUUGCGCAUUACAAUAUGAACCGCAUACGCUUGGUUUGGUCCCGUAUUUGGAAAGUUCUGUCAGAUUUUUUUGUUUCUGUUGGGUUGUCAGAGAAUCUUUCAGUUGCAAUAUUUGUUAUGGACUCUUUGAGGCAGCUAGCUAUGAAGUUUCUGGAAAGAGAAGAACUGGCAAAUUAUAAUUUCCAAAAUGAAUUCCUGCAACCUUUUGCGGUUGUUAUGCAGAAGAGCAAUGCUUCAGAAGUACGUGAACUUAUAGUUCGAUGUGUCUCCCAAAUGGUUCUGAGUCGUGUCAACAAUAUAAAAUCUGGAUGGAAAAGUGUUUUUACGGUUUUUACUGCAGCUGCUGCUGAUGAUCGGAAAAAUAUUGUUCUGUUGGCAUUUGAAACCAUGGAAAAGAUUGUUCGGGACUAUUUCCCUUACAUAACUGAAACUGAAACCACAACGUUUACUGAUUGUGUUAAAUGCCUUAUCACAUUCACAAGUAGUAAAUUUAGCAGCGAUGCCAGUCUUAAUGCCAUUGCAUUUCUUCGGUUUUGUGCUGUCAAACUCGCUGAGGAAGGAUUUAUUAGUCAUGAGAAGGAUACUGACCAGCAACCAAGUAACUUAGAUUCAUCAGAUGGGAACAGCACGGUGCAUAAGGAUGAUCAUGUUUACUUCUGGGUUCCUUUGCUUGCUGGUCUAGCUAGAUUGACAACUGACUCAAGACCAACUAUCAGAAAAGGUUCUGUGGAAGUGCUCUUUGACAUCUUGGAAGAUCAUGGGCACCUCUUUUCUCAGUCCUUCUGGGCUAAUAUCUUUGAAUCGGUUAUUUAUCCCUUAUUUAGCAGUGAAAGCUUUGCACCAAAUGGCCAGAUCUCAAGUGUAAAUAGUACUGAGGAUGAUUCUUGGAAUUUUGAAACUAAAAUGGUGGCUCUAAAAUGUUUAGCAGAUUUGUAUGUUACGUUUUUUGAAGUGAUGCGUCCAGAACUUUCUAGAGUUACGUCUGUUAUUACGAAUUUCAUCAGAAGCCCUUAUAAACAAUCAGCUAGCACGAGUAUAUCAGUUUUUCAGCGUUUAACAGAAGGACUCGCGAGCAAGCUCUCCAAUGAUGAGUGGGGGACGAUCUUGUUGUGUUUCAAAGAAUCAGCAGCACAUACAUUUGUUGUGUUUGACAAAAUAGUUAGGAUGAUGAAAGACAUUGAAAUUCCAGAUAGAAAUGAAUCUUACUCUGAAGCUGAGCAAUAUUCAGAUCAUGACAUAUACAAUGAUGAUGAAGAGGAAGCUAAUAUGGAAACAGCAUCUUAUGCUAUUGUCAGAAUGAAGAAUUAUAUGGCUUUGCAACUCUUAAUUGUUGAGGGCAUCAUUAAAUUGUAUGAGAUGCACAGAAGCUUUCUUUGUGCUGAGCAUAUAGGCAUAAUGUUGGAGAUGCUAUCUGCCAUUGCAUCACAUGCAAGUGAAGUGAACUCUGAAUCUAACUUGCACAUUAAACUACAUAAAGCAUGUUCCAUUUUGGAGCUAUCUGAGCCAGCGGUCAUCCAUUUCGAGAGCGAGUCCUACCAGAGCUACCUCAAACUUCUCCAAGCUCUUCUUCAUGAUAACCCAUCUUUGUCAGAAAAUAUGAAUGUGGAGUCACAAAUUAUGCUCGUCUGCGAGAAAAUAUUGCGAAUGUAUCUGACCUGUGCAGGGCAUGAACCAUCUAAUGAUGUUUCUGGUAGAGAUCCAGCUUUACAUCGGCUGCCUCUGGUUACUGCUAAAAAGGGGGAACUGGAUGCUAGAACUUCAUUGGUCCUUCAUGUGAUGUGGUUAUUGAGCAGUUUAGAGAAGAAUUGCUUUAGGAGAAACUUGCCCCUCUUUUUCCCCUUAUUAGCUAAUCUUAUUGGCUGCGAGCAUAGCUCUGGAGAAGUUCAAGUUGCACUGUAUGAUAUAUUCCAAUCAUCAAUAGGCCCCAUAAUAUCAGCAUAG